CAAGGAAGGCACGUGAGAGUCCCAUUUAUUAAAGCCCAUUUCUUUAUCACUUGUAAAUCGACAGAUGAAAAUUAAUCUAAAUCGUUAUCCUAGGGCAUAAAUUUACCCCCCGGGUUUCAUCUUUCUAGUCUGUUUCAAAAUGUUACAUGAUAUUUUGCAGAUACUUUGCUUGUUUGUUUUUAUCUAAACAAGUAGGCUACGUCAAUGAACAAACUAUCUGUUUUUCUCAUGUUAUCAUAUUGGUCCUACUGUAGCACUUUUGUCAUGGCAAAUAAUGCAUUGAUGGGCAGGCAGUGGUUGAAAGUCUCCUUUUAUGUUGUGCGCAUCUUCUUCCGCCUAUUCUAAGCUACUCACACAGUGCUACUCUACGAUUGGUUGAAUCCCUGGAAACCGAGAAAGGACACUGCUCGUAAGUUAUCAAGUUUAUGCACCAAAGGAUUUUGGUACCAAAGCUUCAAAACUUCAUCUUUGUUACGGGGUGGAUUGGGCAACGCCAGGGCAGAUCUUUGGCAUUUGUGUGUGCAUUCAAGGACAGUCUUUUUCGCCAAAGUUUCCGGAAAUUCGGCGCAGACGCCCUUGGUGAGAGGAUGGCUGCUUACAAACUGGUCCUGAUCCGCCAUGGAGAGAGCUGCUGGAAUCAGGAGAACCGCUUCUGUGGCUGGUUUGACGCAGAUCUAAGUGAGACAGGUGAACAGGAGGCCAGGAGAGGAGGACAGGCUCUGAAAGAUGCUGGUUAUGAGUUUGAUGUUUGCUACACCUCUGUCCUGAAGAGAGCAAUUCGCACUCUGUGGCUUGUCCUGGAUGGUAUUGACCAGAUGUGGCUGCCUGUUCAUCGCACCUGGCGUCUCAAUGAGCGGCACUAUGGUGGUCUGACUGGGCUGAACAAGGCUGAGACGGCAGCAAAACACGGAGAGGCCCAGGUCAAGAUCUGGAGACGCUCUUUUGAUAUUCCUCCUCCACCCAUGGAUGAAACACAUGAUCAUUACCAGAACAUCAGCAAGGAUCGACGAUAUGCUGGCCUAACUGAAGAUCAGCUUCCAGCAUGUGAAAGUCUUAAGGACACCAUCGCCAGAGCACUGCCUUUUUGGAAUGAAGAGAUUGUCCCACAUAUUAAAGAAGGAAAAAGAGUGCUAAUAGCUGCCCAUGGCAAUAGUCUUCGAGGCAUUGUCAAACAUCUUGAAGGCAUGUCAGAAGAAGCCAUCAUGGAGCUUAACUUACCCACUGGCAUUCCCAUUGUGUAUGAGCUUGAUAAAAACCUGAAGCCUGUAGGACCCAUGCAGUUUCUGGGAGAUGAGGAAACCGUAAAGAAGGCAAUGGAAGCGGUGGCAGCACAGGGCAAAGCUAAAAAAUAGGCUCGAAUGUCUUUUCCAUUGAAAUAUGUUAUAAGUCAUUCUGAAAUACACUUUUCACAGAUGCUGCACAGUUGGAUAACUUCCCCUUGUAACACACAGACAUUGAAUUGAGUGUGUUUGAGUCCCCACACAAACAAACAAAUAAACUAAUAAAUACCCACCCACAA